UUUUCUUUUUAUUUCAGGAGGGACUUUUACAAAAUCCUUGGGGUGUCAAAAAGUGCCUCUCUUCAUGAGAUCAAGAAAGCUUACAGGAAAAAUGCCAAAGAACUGCACCCGGACAAGAACAGAGAUGACCCGUCAGCUGAUGCAAAGUUUAAAGAUCUUGGUGCUGCAUACGAGGUCCUCAGUGAUGAAGAGAAAAGAAAGAAAUAUGAUAGGUGUGGUGAAGAAUGUGUGACAAAAGACGAGAGUGGUGGUUUUGGCAUGGAUCCAUUCUCGAGCUUCUUUGGAGAUUUUGGAUUUGGCUUCCAUUCUGGUGGUAGAACCGAGAGGGAAGUAGCUAAAGGAGGAGAUGUUGUCAUGAAUCUUGAAGCCACUCUGGAAGAGCUUUAUGUGGGAAACUUUGUUGAGGUGAGUUUACUUGCCAAUUCUCAUGGCAAUAGAGAAACUGAGGCCCAUG